AUGGCGGCUUCCUCACUCUCGACCCUUCAACAUGUCACGUUACAGAAGCUGAACAAACUCGACAGUCAACGUCAACAGUUCGAGUCCGACAAGAAAUCUAUCCUGGAGCAAGUCUCUAGUGUUCCCGACCAUCGAAGUAAGGUCGAAGCACUCCUCGAUGGUUUCGAACUACAUGGUAUAGCACCAAAGCAAGCCGACCUAUCCAUCAGCAACCUCAAGCACUUCGUCCACCAGGCGAAGCACGAUCCCUCCGUCUCGGCAUCUCUGUUAAAAGACUGGCAAUCUAGGCUCGAGCAUGAACUGAAUGUGAAAAGCAACAAGUACGAGUACGCAGCUUUGUUCGGCAAGCUUGUUACAGAGUGGAUAAAGCACUCAACACUCGUGAAGUCGGCCGAUGUAAGUGAUGGCUCUAUUGCGAAAGGCCGGAAAAAGAUGCAAGAACAGCGCCAGUCAUGGGAAAAUUACGCCUUCGUAGAGAAAGAGGUGAAUCAGAGCACGAUUGAACAGUAUCUCAGCGAUAUCUUUGGGGAUGCGCUGCAGACUGAAAAGAUUAAGAAGUCUCCUCUCCGGGUCUUGCGAGACUCAAUGAAGGAGGUCAUGGAUUUCAAAUCGGACCUUGACACAUCAGAGAAAGAUUUUUCGUCCAACAAACGAUUCGGUCACUCCGCACCGCAUGGCAGCCGCUUCACGAUUGAACUCCUCCAGUCGUGUAUUCGUGGUGUGAAGAAAGCCGAUUUGUUCACCGGAAGAAAACUUGAGAUGAUUAUUGAUUUGGAGAAGCAGCCUGCGGUGUUGAAGGAGCUGGUCGAUGUACUGAACAUGGAUGUGGACGGACUUGAUCACUGGGAGUGGGAUGGUCCGGUUCCUCUGAACAUGCGCCGGCAAACCAAUGGUAAGUAUCGUGUCUACAUGGAUGAAGAGAUCCAUCAAGCAAUUUUGCUGCACUUCAUCGGCAAAACGUGGGCAGUGGCAUUGAAGAAAGCCUUCACGAACUUCUAUCACUCGGGAGCAUGGCUGCAGGCACCAUAUCGAUCGAUGCCCAAGAAAAUUCGCCAACGGAGAGAACACUUCAUCGAGAAUAGUAAUAAGUCGGGUGAUUCGGUUCGCAACUAUAGACGCCAGAAGUAUCAACAGGAGUACUUCAUGACACAGCUACCGUCGAAUGCCUUCGAAGACGCUAGGGAAUAUGAUGCCGCAGAGGGCCAAGAGAAGAAUUCGCACAUUGCCACAAAACAGACUAUGCUACGUCUACUCACGACUGAGAUACUGCUCAACACAAAGGUCUACGGCGAAUGUUCUGUGCUGCAGUCAGACUUCAAGUGGUUUGGCCCAUCACUGCCUCACGAUACGAUAUUCGCAGUGUUGGAAUUCUUCGGUGUUCCUGCAAAGUGGCUUCGAUUCUUUAAGAGAUUUCUGGAAGUACCUGUUGUCUUUGCGCAGGAUGGAGCAGGUGCAAAAGCGCGGGUACGGAAGUGCGGUAUCCCGAAUAGCCACAUCCUCAGCGAUGCGCUCGGCGAAGCUGUGCUUUUUUGCCUGGAUUUUGCAGUGAAUCGACGCACGAAAGGCGCAAACAUCCAUCGAUUCCAUGAUGAUCUGUGGUUUUGGGGUCAGGAAACUACGAGCGUCCAGGCCUGGGAGGCUAUCAAAGAAUUCACUGAAGUCAUGGGCCUCCAACUCAACGAAGAGAAGACUGGGUCGUCGAUUAUCGUUGCCGACAAGAGCAGAGCCCGGGUGCCACACCCAAAUCUUCCAGAGGGCAAUCUCCAUUGGGGCUUUCUCGAACUUGACGCCUCCGCCGGUCGCUGGGUGAUUGACCGCGCCCAAGUUGACGAGCACAUAACGGAACUCAGGCGACAACUCGAUGCCUGCCAUAGCGUAAUGGCAUGGAUUCAAGCCUGGAAUAGCUACGUCGGCCUCUUCUUCAACACAAACUUCGCGCAACCCGCGAACUGUUUCGGCCGGCAGCACAACGACAUGAUCAUCGAGACGUUCAGUCACAUUCAACGCAGCUUCUUCGGCAAGUACGGCACCGCGAACGUCACGGAAUAUCUCCGCAGCGUACUCAAAGAGCGCUUCCAGACAACUGACGCGGUACCUGAUGCCUUCUUUUACUUUCCUGUCGAGCUCGGCGGCCUUGGGUUGAACAACCCCUCGAUCAGCGCGUUCGCAACAUACCAAAACUCUUCCCGCGAUCCAAGCGCACGAAUCGAACGAGCAUUCGAAGAAGAACGCGAAGCAUACGACACGGCGAAACAACGCUGGGACGCGGGCGACGUGCCAUGCCCCAACCGCGAGACCGACGAACCCUUCAUGAGUUUCGAAGAGUACACCGCAUUUCGCGAAGAGACUUCCCACCCGCUGUUCGAGGCUUAUAUGAAUCUCUUGGAGUGUCCAGUUGAAGAGCGAGUGGAGACCAGCGAUGAGAUGUAUGAGGCUUUGAGACGGAGUGAUGCGCCGCACGCGCUGGGGUCGAAUCAUUAUUGGCUGUGGAUAUUCAAUCUGUAUGCUGGGGACUUGAAGCAGCGAUUCGGUGGGCAGGGAGUACAGCUUGGGGAGCGUGAUUUGCUGCCUGUGGGGUUGGUGGAAGUGUUGAAGAGUGAGAAGGUGAGGUGGGAGAAUUAG